AGCGGGAUGGCGGAGCGGGAGAGUCUGGAGUUUGGGAAGGCGGACUUCGUCCUCCUGGACCACGUGACCAUGGAGGACUUCAUGGAGAAUCUGAGGUUCAGGUUUGAGCGCGGCCGGAUUUACACAUAUAUCGGGGAAGUUGUCGUCUCCGUGAAUCCCUACAGCUUAAUGGAUCUGUACGGGAGGGAAAUGAUCGAGUAUUACAGGGGCCGCGAGCUCUACGAGAGACCCCCGCACCUCUACGCCAUCGCCGACGCCGCCUACAAAGCCAUGAAACGCAGAGCCAAGGACACCUGCAUCGUCAUUUCAGGAGAAAGCGGCGCGGGGAAGACGGAGGCCAGUAAAUAUAUCAUGCAGUACAUCGCGGCCAUAACUAACCCCACGCAGCGGGAGGAGGUGGAGAGGGUGAAGAACGUUCUCCUGAAGUCUACCUGCGUGCUGGAGGCGUUCGGGAACGCGAGGACGAACCGCAACGACAACUCCAGCCGCUUCGGCAAAUACAUGGACAUCAACUUCGACUUCAAGGGCGACCCCACGGGGGGGCACAUCAACAACUACCUGCUGGAGAAGUCCCGAGUCCUCAGGCAACAAGCAGGAGAGAGGAACUUCCAUUCUUUCUAUCAGCUUCUUCUUGGGGCCCCGGAUGAGCGUCUCAGCGCCCUCCAUCUCACGAGAGAUCCCGCCGUCUAUACCUUCACCAGAGAGAGCGCUUACAAUAAUUUGCUGAUUAACGAUAAGUCGGGAUAUAAGUCGGUGGCCGAGUCUCUCCGGGUCAUCGGGUUCAGCAGCGACGAGGUGGAUUCCAUCUACAGGAUCCUGGCAGCCAUUCUGCAUCUGGGUAACAUGCGCUUCGCGGUUCAGGAGGACUCCGUGACCAUAGAGAGUGCCGAGCUCGUGUCCGUGGUUGCCGAGCUGACCGGCUGUGAGGCUGAGAGCGUCCGGAAGACUCUGCUGUACCGGACGAUGGCGGCAGGAGGGGGAGAGCUCAUCGAGAAAGGUCACAGCGCCAAGGAGGCCGGCUACGGCAGAGACGCCUGCGCCAAGGCUUUUUACGAGAGGCUCUUCUGCUGGAUCGUCGGGCGCAUAAACAGCGUGAUAGAAGUGAAAGAUUACGACGGGCGAAUCCACGGCAAGAACACGGUGAUCGGGGUCCUGGACAUCUACGGCUUCGAGAUCUUCGAUAAUAACAGCUUCGAGCAGUUCUGCAUCAAUUACUGCAACGAGAAGCUGCAGCAGCUGUUCAUAGAGCUGAUCCUCCGCCAGGAGCAGGACGAAUACCAGCGAGAGGGCAUCGCCUGGCAGCACAUCGAUUACUUUAACAAUCAGAUCAUUGUGGAUCUGGUGGAAAAGCCUCACAAGGGGAUGAUCUCCAUUCUGGACGAAGCGUGUCUGACCGCCGGCGACGUCACCGACACCAUCUUCCUGGAGUCCAUGAACAGCAGGCUGGGGCGACACCCCCAUUACACCAGCAGGAAGCUCUCCACCGCCGACAAGUCCAUGGCUUUCAACCGGGAUUUCCGCAUCAAACAUUACGCUGGGGACGUGACAUAUUCCGUGGAAGGAUUUCUAGACAAAAACAAAGACACGUUAUUCCAGGACUUCAAACGGUUACUUUACCACAGCAGAGACCCCGUUCUGAGGGAUAUGUGGCCGGAGGGGCAGCUGAGCAUCAGCGAGGUGACCAAGAGACCCCCGACAGCCGCCGCGCUCUUCCGGAGCUCCAUGAUCGCCCUGGUGGAGAAUCUGGCCAGUAAGGAGCCGUAUUACGUUCGCUGCAUUAAACCCAACGACCAGAAGUCCCCGGCUCUGUUCGAUGAGCGGCGCUGCCGGCACCAGGUGGAGUAUCUGGGUCUGCUGGAGAACGUGCGCGUGCGGAGAGCCGGCUUCGCCUACAGACAGCCCUACGAGCGCUUCCUACAGAGGUAUAAAAUGACCUGUGAGUACACCUGGCCCAACCACCUCAUGGACUCAGACGAAGAAGCCACCAGAGCUCUGAUCGAGCAACACGAUUUCCAGGACGACGUGGCCUACGGGCUCACCAAGGUUUUCAUCCGGACGCCGCGGACGCUCUUCAGCCUGGAGCAGGAGCGGAGUCAGCUCAUCCCCAUCAUCGUCUUACUGAUCCAGAAGGUCUGGCGGGGCACCAUGGCCAGGAGGCGCUUCCGGCGGCUACGAGCCAUCUACACCAUAAUGAGCUUUUAUAAACGCUACAAAGUCCGGUCCCACCUGAUGGAGAUCGUCACGCGCUUCCAGAACGUGCGCGGCAUGCCGGACUACGGGAAGAGCGUGGAGUGGCCGGAGCCGCCGGCCGUCCUCGCCACGUUCCAGGAGCUCAGCAAGAACCUGUUUAAAAGGUGGAGAGCCAGAAAAAUCAUCAAAAACAUCCCUCCCUCGGACAUGACGCAGAUCAAGAAGAAAGUGUGUGCGAUGGAGGCUCUGCAGAACCUGCGCAGCCACGUCGGCUACCAGCGAGCCUGGAAACAGGAUUACCUGUCCUGCGGUGCGGAGAAUCCCCUCGGCGCGGCUCAGUUUUCCCAGACGCUGCAGGGUGUGAAGCGGAAAGCGGGUCACCGCUCCGUGCUGUUCUCCUGCCACAUCCGAAAGAUUAAUCGCUUUAAGAAGUGCAAAGACCGAGCGCUGCUCAUCACCGACCUCCAUCUGCACAAGCUGGACCCCGGCAAGCAGUACAAGGUGCUCCAGACGCUGCCCCUGGGCACGGUCACCGGACUGAGUGUCACCGGGGGCAGAGACCAGCUGGUGGUCCUCCACACGCAGAAACACCAUGACAUGGCCUUCUGCCUGCACCGCAUGGAGCCCCCCACGGAGAACCGCGUCGGGGAACUGGUCGGGACCCUGCUUCACCACUUCAAACUGGAGAACCGGCAGCUGUCAGUCACGGUGACGGAUUGCAUCCAGAUGAACGUCCGGGGCAGGAGGUGUCUGGUUACCGUGGAGACGCACAGCGCCGCGCAACAACCCGACUUCCGCCAAGAACGCAACCGGCUGGUGCUAAUGUGGCCGGGGAAAUAGUCAGAGGGUCCGGCGCGCACCGCGGGGGCCCCGGACGCCCCGUACACCCCGGGGGCCCCGGACACCCCGUACACAGCG